AUGACACGCUUUCUAAUGAGAAAAGAUGCAAAAGAAGGAAGAAUUGUGGCUGGAAAAAAUGGUAGAGGUAAAGAUCCGAAUCAAUUGUCUGAACCUCAAGGAAUAAUUGUUGAUGAUUUGGGUCAAAUUUAUGUGGCAGAUAGUGGGAAUAAUCGGGUAAUGCGUUGGUGUGAAAGAAAAGAGGAAGGUGAAAUUAUUGUUGGUGGAAAUGGUCAAAGAAAUCAACCGAAUCAAUUGAAUGAACCCAUGGGUUUAUCUUUUGAUGAUGAAGGAAAUCUUUAUGUUGCUGAUUUUGGAAAUGACCGAGCUCAAAAAUUUGAAAUAGAUUUGUGA